AAGCUUCAUAAUUUAGUCAACUGGUGAUCUCUUCCUCCUUCCUCCUUCCUCAGCUACCACGAUGAUAAAGAUAUAAUCUCGAAUAUAUAUACUCCACAGCUACAGGUUUGAGGCAGCAGUACUGCUUUGUCCAAGCAAAGCUAUGAAGCAAGAGCCCGCAGUUCCACGUGCAGCCAGAACCAGGGUAGUCUCGAGAGUGAAGGACUCUCCGAGAACAGAUACAGCUAAUGGGACCUCUACAGGGUUGAAGGCGAGACCAAAAUCUACUUCUUUUGAUUCAAGCAGCACAAAAUUGGCUGAGAGAUCUCCUCAGUUCAACAAGCGUAGGCCAGGCACUGACGGUUUGGGUGCCCCAAGAGUCGAUGGUGAGAGUGAGAGAUUGGUGAGGGAGUUGCAGAAGGAAGUGACAGGAUUGAAGACUGAGAUAGAGAAGUUGCAGGUGAGGAAUGUUGAGUUGGAGUCACAGAACAGGAAGCUGGAGCAAGAUCUCGAUGCAGCUGAAGCAAAGAUCAAGAGCAUGGAGAAGAUUGAUCAGGAAAAGCAGAACAAUCCUACAGAAAUGGAGGUUAAAUUUGGAAACAGAAUCUGCAAGAACCAGCCUUUGGCAAUGGGACCUGCUACCCAAGCAGUAGAAUUUCAACCAAACGCAAUGAUUAAGAUGCCUGUUCCAACUUUGACGCCUUCCAAACGUGCUUCCCAUGGUCCACCACCACCACCACCACCUCCUCCUCCUCCUCCUCCUCCUCCACCUCACAAUGCUUCAGGAAGAGCAACAGUGAACAAGGCUUCCUCUGUUCUAGUCCAACUAUACCAUUCACUGACAAAGCAAGAGGGAAAGCAAGGUUCGACAAGCAAUGGGGGUUCUCCCAACACUAUCUCCAGUAUCGUACAUAGUGGCAUUGUUGGAGAACUUCAACAUCGAUCAGCUCAUCUAGUAGCGAUUAAAGCAGACGUGGAAACAAAAGGGCAGUUCAUCAAGCAGCUUAUAGAGAAGGUGCAAUUGUCAUCUUUCACUAGCAUGGAAGAUGUCCUAACCUUUGUUGAUUGGCUUGACGGAGAACUCUCCACCUUGGUUGAUGAGAGAGCUGUGUUGAAGCAUUUCGAUUGGCCCGAGAAGAGAGCAGAUGCAUUGCGUGAAGCCGCCGUUGAGUACCGUGAUCUAAAACAACUUGAAGCUCAAGUUUGUUCUUUGAAGGAAGAUUCCUCCUCACCAUGUGAGGCAACACUAAAGAAGAUUUCAAACUUACUAGACAAGUUGGAGCGCGGCGUCAAUCGAUUGCUCGAGUUGAGGAAUGCAAAUAUGAUGUUAUACAAGGAGUGCAAAAUUCCGACUGAUUGGUUGCUAGAUUGUGGCAUGGUUAACAAGAUGAAACAAAUCUCUGUGAAGCUUGCAAGACUCUACCUGAGUAGAGUGUCAAUGGAGCUCGAACUGUUUCAGCCCUCCGAAAGGCAAUCGACACAAGAGGCACUUCUGUUUCAGGGGGUGAAAUUUGCUUAUAGGGCUCACCAGUUUGCCGGAGGGCUCGAGUCAGAGGUGAUGAUCACAAUCGAGGAGUUGAAGAAGAAGGUUGAAUCACAGAGUAGAGGAUCACAACAGAAACAAUGGAAAGCUGGUACAACACUGGAAGUAGGCUAAAACUUUUCAGUUUGAUGCAGUUUAUUUAAUCAGAUUCUGAAAGGAGAUCAACCAAAGUUAACAUGGUGGUUUUGUUGGAUUGUUUGUCCUGAAUGACACAUUCAUGUCUGAAAUGAUAAACACAUUGGCUAUUUGCCUUGUUUAUACCAAUACCAAGAUGGAAUGGCUAAAACCAAAGGAAGUUACUUGA